CCCGCCGGGCCCGGGCCCUCCCAGAGGUGGAGGCCGGCGCUCGGCGCGCGCACCCGCGCUCAACUCGUUCCCCACAUCUCCAGGAGAGACCCCGGGGAUCGAGCCCGGGAGCGCUAGAAGCGAAGGGUGCUGGCCACCACCCGGCCGCCCUUCCUGCCUUUGCCCCAAGAGGGCCGCCACUGCCGAAGAGGCCGCCAGCAGCGCGCAUCCCGGUCACCAGCGCCGAACCCGGGUGUCCAGGGCCCGCGGCGGAGCCCAGCUGGAGCGGGUGGGACGGGGGCCAGCACCCCGAGGUCGGCGGCCGCGCCAAGCUGCCAAGAUGUGAACAUAAGAAAAGGACAUCUAAACUAACAAAGAUGCUUUGAGCCAGAAUGUCUCCGUGAUCGGACCUGUCAAUUUGUAUCCCAUGGUGCACAUCAGCCUCGUGUUUGGUAUUUCUUUUAUUUUGUCUGAUUCUUCAGAUGAAUCUUGCACUUUAAAGAUGAGAUUCCGAAAUUCCCAGUCAAUCUUAUCAUGGGAAUUAAAAAAUCAUUUGGUCGUGCCAACUCACUACACAUUAUGGUACACGAUCAUGAGCAAACAAGAAAAUAUGAAGAUGGUUGAGACUUGUGCGAAUAUCACAAGGUCAUUUUGUGACCUAACAGAUGUGUGGAUAAACCUGACGGAGACGUACAUUCCCAGAGUGGUUGCAUUCAGAGAGAACACAGCUCUGGUCACGUGCAUGGGUUCUUUCUUCAUGGCAACAGACAUGUCUUUGGACCCCCCAGACUUUGAGGUUGCUGGUUUCACAGACCACAUCAAUGUGAAUGUGAACUUUCAGUCUGUUGUUUCCAAGACACUUAAUGAGGAAGAAUUACAGUUUUACUUAGUACAAGUCAUCGAAAAGCCGUCGGGGGGGAUCGCGAAGAAGCAUAAACCCCGAAUAAAGGGAAACAUCACUGAAAAUUUCAAUUAUGUCAUCGACAAGUUAAUUCCAAACACAAACUACUGUGUCUCUGUCUAUUUUGAGCCUAAAGACCAGAAUAAAAUCAAUAGAUCACCUUUAAAAUGUACCUUCAUUCAACGGGAAUCAGAGUCGUCAGAAUCUACCAAACUAGGAGGAAUAAUUACUCUGUUUGUAAUAGCUGCUGUCUUCAUAAGCACCAUAGUGACACUGAAACGGAUUGGUUAUAUAUGCUUAAGAAAUGAUUUCCCCAAAGUUUUGACUUUUUCUAAAUUGUCCGCCUGGGUAUUUCCUGAGCUGCCUCCCUUGGAAAAUGUGUCUACCGUGGAGAUCAUUCAUAAUCACAGGAAGAAGAAAGAGUGGAAUUAUAAUUAUGAUGAUGAAAGCGACAGCGAUAGCGAAGCAGCCCCCCAGAAAAACGCAGGUGGUUACACCAUGCACAGGCUAAGGCCUCUCUGUCCAGCCUCCACCUCCUCGGCUACCCUGGAGGACUACUGCAGCGACCCGGACACUGAGGACCCUGACCUGCCAGAGCCCGAGGCUGCUGCCGAAGCCCCCGAGGCCCCAGGGCCCAGCGCCUGGCAGUCGGAAUACCAGAGUGGGGGCUACGAGAGGAGGGUGAGUCUGCAGCAGGACCCCUAUUUCCCGGAGGACAGCAGCCCCCCAGAGGGGUCUCAGGACCGAAUUGUCUUCAACGUGGACUUAAAGUCUGUGUGCGUGAGGGUCCUUGAUGACGACGAUGAUGACUCUGACGAUGACGACGACAAUGACAACGACGACGACGACGAAGACGACAACGGAGACGAAGACGAAGACGAAGACGACGACUCAGAGGUCACGCCAAUGUUAUCAUCUCAGCCAGAAGGGACGGCUGGGCUAGAGGAUGCCACUGAGACAGAAUCGAACCUUCUGGAGGUCAGUGGUAAAGGGACACAGCAGCCCUUCUUCCCCAGCCCCUCGAUGGCGCGCCCGGGGCCCAAAGAUGCUUCUUCUGAUAAGAGUGACACUUCCGAGUCGGACGCUGACAUCGGGGAUGGAUAUAUCAUGAGAUGAAUGAAUCCAAAAAUAUUUAAUUAACUUAGACGCCUACUACCUCCAGGAUCCUCCCUCCCACACUGGUACUUGCUCUCACAGGGUCUGUUUGUUAAGUGCUCUCCAGAGAAGGGACAGGAGACCAAAGAGCCCAUGUGCUUCCUGGUGACAUUGUCUAUGCAAAUUCCCUGUCUGGGGGAAGGGCAGGUGGGAAACAGAGUAUCCUGGUAUCUUUCAGUGCAUUGUUUACAUGUUCAAAUUGAUGCUCCUGGGGAGUUCCCGGAGGCGCAAUGGGUUAGGAAUCCAACUGCAGCAGCACCCCGGUGGUGGGGGUGCUAUGGAGGCCCAGGUUCGAUCCCCAGCUCCACGCAGUGGAUUAAAGGAUCUAGGGUGGCCACACAGUGUAGGUUGCAGCUGUGGCUUAGAUUCAAUCCCUGGCCCAGGAACUUCCAUAUGCCAUGGGUGCUGACUUAAAAUUUUAAAAAAAGAAAAAAAAAAAGGGUGAUUCCUCUUGAAGGGAACAUGCCCUGCCUUUGCUCUCAUGAAUUUCUAAUGUUUCUACAUCACGUUUCCCAGAAUAAGGAGCAAGUUUCCCUGUGGUUUUCAGGGGGUGGUUCCAGGGCCCUAUAAGAUUUCUGGGAAAUUAUUAAAUUGGGCCAGAGUGGGGCGGGGAGAGAAAAGGAAGCCACUCACCAGGGUUCUUAGCAGCAGCAGUCAGCAGUGUUUUUCCACAGGCUCAAGGGAAAGCGGCCGAAAAAGAGGAGGGAGGGCUGGCAGCUGGAGAGAAAGGAGGCAGGCACAAAGGAGCAGAAGCGCACACUCUGGGUUGGAAAUAGGGACCGUCCACCCUACUUGAAAGUUCCUCCUGGGUGAUAUUCUGUCCCCUGCACGCUUGAGAUUUCAACUCUCAGCUCCUUGUCCAGCCUCCUCCAUCUGAGUGAGAAAGACAGACUCACACACAUCAAUAACGAUUGAUAGCGAUUAAUAACAACGAUUAAUGAAUAAACAAUAAUGAUUAAUAGUCAAACAUUUGCAUAGGAGGGUGGAAUAGACCCUCAGUGGCAUAUUUUCAGAUUUAGUUUUGUAUCUUGGUUGGAAGAUGGUUAAAAAAAAUAAAACAUACUUUUUACUAGAAA